CUUAUAUCUUAUCUAUGAUUUAUCAAUAUAUUUUAAUUUUAUUUAUACUAUAUAUAUAUUAAUAUAAGGUUAAUAAUAAUAAUCUAACAAAAAUUUGAAUGAAAAACAAAUGAGUAACAUUAUUCUCAAUAAUAUAUCACAACCAUACAUAAAUCACACAUCUUUACCUAAUUCAGUUAGAAGAAAUAUAAAAGAAGAUAUAUUGAUAAGUGAUGAAGAUAGGAUUAAAUACGAGGAUUAUUUUUCUCAAUUAACUCCAAUAAAUGGAUUAAUAACAGGAAUCAAUGCAAAGCAAUUUUUUCUCAAAUCUGGAUUUUCUAAUUUGAUACUAGCUAGUAUAUGGGACUUGUCAGAUAUAGACAAAGAUGGGAUGCUAGAUAAAAAUGAGUUUUGUAUAGCAAUGCAUUUAAUAAAUAUGAAGUUAUCUGGAUUAGAUUUACCAACUCCUCCUUUGAAUGUGUCAUAUGCCAACAAAGCUUUUAAUAUGAUUCCUCAAAAAUAUGAUAAUAUAAUACCCAACUCUCAAAACAAUUCAUAUAAUAAUGUUAUUGCUAAUAAUACAAAUAAUUUACUGACAGUGGGAUGUGAUUGGGCAAUUCCUAUUCAAUCACGAUUAAGAUAUAAUCAAGUAUUUAUUACACUGGAUAAAGAAAAUACUAGAUAUAUAACUGGUGUACAAGCAAAGGAUAUAUUAUUACAAAGUCAAUUACCUCAAUCUAUAUUAGCUCAAAUAUGGAAUUUAUCAGAUAUUGAUGGAGAUGGCAAGUUAAAUUUGGAGGAAUUUAUGUUGGCUAAUUUUUUAGCUGAAGAAUAUAAAUCAGGACGUAUGGUCAAAUUGCCUGAUAAGCUGUCUUCUGAUAUGCUUCCACCAUCAUACAAAUUAAAUAACAAUACUCAAUCAACAAACACUCAAAUCAAACAACCAUUUACGUUCGAGGAUAAAAGGAGAGAAAAUUUUGACAUGGGAGCAGCUAUAUUAGAACAAAAACGAUCUGCCCUGCAAAGAGCGGAGGCCGAAGAGAGACAGGAACGACAACGGAAAGAGGCUCACGAAGUAGAGGCCCAAAGGCUCAUAAAAAUGGAGCAGGAGAAAAAGCAACAACAAGAGAUGGAAUUGGUUUUGGAACGUCAAAAGGAAUCUGAAAGAAGAAACGAUAUGGAGAAAAUCAAACUUUUACAAUCGAAGGAGGCUUCAAGACUUGAGCUCGAGAAACAAAUGAAGCAGGACUUGCUGGAUAAAAGGCUCAAGGAACUGACCUCAACUACCAAAAGGGAGAAAGAGACAUUAUGCUUGCUUAAGACCAAAGAGAAAGAUUUAGAUUGCGACAUUCAAAAUAUGGAAGAAAAAAUAUGUAACAUGAAACAAACAUUAAAAGAAACCCAAAACACGGCUUCGAAGCUCAAGGAAAAUCAAAAUGGAAUAAUCGAUAAAACCAGGCUUGUUGAAAAUAACGUCAAUUCUCUGAAAUCUCAGCUAGAGCAAUUAGACGGCCACUUGAACAAUUUACAUAGGAAUAAAACGAAAGCUAGAGAUGUUUUAUCUUCGUUUGGAUACGGAUCGAAGGAUAACUUGUUGGAAAUAAUAACAUCAAAUACGGGUAUAAAUGAAACUGGUAUAGAUAAAAUGUCACCCGAGGAUGCCGCUAAAAAGCUCGCUCUCGAGAGAUCCAUACAGACGCUGAAGGAUAAAUUAAGUGUCAUGAAUCGGAAGAUAUCAGAUCUCAACUUCGGCUCAGCUGACCAAACUAAGCCUGAUCCAUUUUUUGGUGAUAGUUUUGAUCAGAAGAAUCAUCGCCCAGAGAAAACUCUACCCCUACCUACAAUGAUGCAUCUUUCAAAGACAGUCAAAAACACUUUGGAAUCUUGCGUUCAAUCUCCGAUUAAAUCACCUGUCGGGUUGAAAACCAUCGUAUCCCCCAUCAAAUAUGAAACCGGUUACAAUAUAAUUCAAAAUCAACACGCCGAAAUGAAUGAGCAUGAUAAUAUUUCCCUCGAACGUGAGCGCCAAUUGACCCUUACCCAAUCCCCCAAACACAGUUUCAAUCUCUCACCAAUUCCUAGCGAUGGUCACCACGGCGACAAUGCCUUGUUUAAUUCGGAACAAAAUACUCUUACGAAAUUAUAUCCAUACAAAGCUUUGUACCCGUUCGAAGCACGGUCCGAAGAUGAACUAACUUUCAAAACUGGAGAUAUCAUCAUGGUUGCUGAAGCAGAAAAAUCAGAGGAAGGCUGGUUGGGCGGCAAAAUAGGAACUAAAAUUGGUUGGUUUCCAGCCUCGUACGCGACUAAAAUGAGCCCUACAGGCAUUCACGGUAAAGAUAUUCCGGAGGAUAAAAUGAAACACGCUGAAAACGUUUAUCAAGAUCCCACUGAUUUACGAAAAUCGUCUGCUGCAAAUUUUAACAUGGCGGCUCCGACAAAAGCCGUUGCCAUAUUUUCCCUCGAUUCCAAUACGGAAGGUGAUCUCUCGUUUCUUAGAGGGGACGUCAUUGAUAUAGAAAAAGAGUUGGAUUCUAAUUGGUGGAUAGCCAGACUCGGUGAUAAGAGCGGUUACGUGCCCAAAUCGUACGUCAAAAUAAUUGACGGUCACGAAAAACUACAAUCUACUUCCAUCUUUUCUAACGGUUUUAUCCCCGGUGCUGAAAGACCCGUAUCUACUCCCCUCGAUAAUAGCUCAUACAGCGACAAGGAAAUCGUUCAGGAUACUUCCAUAUGGCCUAGCUGGAAAUCGGAAACCGGAACCGAAAAUGAUAAUUAUUCGCCCUAUCAAAUCGCUCAGAAUGACCCUUUCAAAAGCACGACUAUCAACAACGAAACGCUGAAAAAAUCAUCCGGUGAUUUCGGAUUCGAAUCGGCAUUCGUUGGUUCGGAGUUUGACGGUACCGCCGAUAACAAGAGCAAUACUAUAACCAAUAAAUCAAACCUAAUCGUCGAUAAAUACGUAGCCAUGUACCCAUUUAUCUCGCAAGAACCCGGAGACCUACAAUUUGGGGUGGGCGAUAUCAUAGAAGUCGAGACGAAAAAAUUGUUCAACUCAUCGACUGACAGCGAAUCUAAGGAUUGGUGGACUGGAACAUGCCAAUCGACUCUCAAAUCUGGAAUAUUCCCCAAAAAUUAUGUCAGGAAGCUUGAAGAGAACCUUCUUUCUCAACACUCGACCCCCAUUUCCGCCUCAUCUUUUCGAAAAAUAUCUGCCACCGGCAGUACUAGCUCUUCGCAAAUGACCGAAAAUGGCCGUAAGUACGUGACCACGGCUAUCGCUAUAGCCCCAUUCAAGGCGUCCGGACCCGAACAAUUAUCUUUGACCCCAGGAAUGAUGGUAGCGGUUCGCAGAAAAACUCCUGCAGGCUGGUGGGAAGGGGAAAUAAUACCUCCAAAGCAACAAGCUCCUCCUGGUGUAAAAGUAAAGAAGCAAAUUGGCUGGUUUCCUGGAUCUCACGUCAAACCCGUUAAGCCUAAUGCAUCCGAUACUCAGAAACAAUCGACGAGGGCCUCAAUAUCAACCAUUGGCUACAAUGAUCCACCCACAGAUUCUCCUAACAACAAUAUCGACUCAAAAAGGAUCAAUAUCGCCUCAUCCCCCACCAAAUCGAAUAGUAUAUUAGAAAAACCGGUCACCUAUGUUGUUAAAGCCCUGUACGACUACACAUCAACUCACGAAGGAGAUUUGACCUUUUCCCGUGGGGAUAUCAUUCACGUGACUUCUAAAAACGAUUCUGAUUGGUGGACGGGUAGAGCUAUAUCUACCAAUCAGAUUGGUCUAUUCCCAUCUAAUCACGUUACGGCCGUAUCCGUGGAUACAGUUUCUAAUCAUUGAAUAAUUCCUCCCUCAGAUUAAAAAAAAUUAAUUAUGAUUUGCUUUUUUGUCAAAAAAUAUCUGAUUAUUUAUACAAAGCGAAAUUUUCACAUUCAGGGUUCAAAGAACAAAACACAAUACAAACAAGAAGAGACUCUAUGAAGAUUGGGCUAUUUAGUUAGAAGGUUUAAAUAUCCAUUUCAAAGCAUCUCAUUUAAUUAAUAAAUGAUGAAUUGAUGGUCAUUGGGGAAAUUUUUUUUAAAAAUAAAAUGUAAAAAAAAAUAUUUUUGAUUUUCAUUUAUUAUUUUCCACGAGAUGAAAAACUAAUUAUUUAUUUUUUUUAAAAAAAUUUAUGACAAAAAUAUUAAUAAGGUUAUUGUGUUUAUCUUUAUUAUAUUUAUAUUUCACCUAUGUAUAUCACUCUGCAAAUGUAAACACCAACACCUUUAAAAUUAAC